AUGCCGGGAGCCAUACGGAUCCGAGAUGCCCUAACUUCAGUCGAACAAGCGCCCAGCACAUUCUCCAGUUGGGAUAAAUGCAUGCAAAAGUCUUAUUGCAAAUGGCCAGCGAUUGUCGGGAUCAUUAUCGGAGCCGUCAUCAUCUUCUCCCUCCUGUGGUGUCUGAUCCGAUGUCUCUGCUGCGGUGUGUCGUGCUGCUGUGACUGCAUGUCAUGCUGCACCUCAUGCUGUCCGAGCGGCAGAGGCGGCGGCCGUCGGCACAACAGACGCGACUCAUAUCAACCGGCGCCAUACGCACCUCCAUUCCCACCCACUGGAUACCAAUCCGCGCCGCCUGCGCCAAGCUACCAACCGCAGCAAUUCGCUCAAUUUCCUAUUAAUUCCCGUGGCGGUGCUGGGGCCGGCAAAACUCCCACCGCUGUUGUCAACGAAGAUGCGCUCCCUGCGAUGCCGACGUGGGGAACGGCGCGCACUCGCCACGAAGAAGACCAUGCCCCAAAUAACGAUUCGGCAGUUGAGCUGGGCCACUUGAAUCCCGCGAGGGCUACCAGACCUCUCCAGGAGGCCGGAAUGGGAGCCAGAAGCCCAGGAAUCUCAAACGCAGCAGCCGCAGCCGCAGCAGGACAAACAUCCCCUAUGCUUCCGCGGCAGAACUCAUACCCGCGCGCGCAAUUUACGCCACAAAGCAACGGUCUUACGCCCGUGAGUCCUCAGAGCCCGCCAAUGGUUCCGACACCGCAUGCACAGGGUUUUGUCGAAGCGGAUUCGAACACCGUUGCUGCGCCUUACUCGCAAUAUCAACCCUACGGCCAAGGCUAUCAUCCCCGGGGGGCCUCGCCUUAUCAGCCAUACGAAUUGGCAACGUCCACGUCUCAAUCCCCUACUGGAUACGGCGGCGGAUACCAUUCCCCAGUGUACGGUCCGGGAGAACACCCCGUGCGCUCGCCUGUCGGUCCAGGCUAUCCUCAUUCGACAUCUCCCGUGCUCCACGGAGGAUAUGCUCAGCCUACCUCGCCAGUGAACCAAGGAAUGGCUCAAGGGGGAUAUCAUCAGCCCACUUCGCCUGUCCAGCAGCAGGGAUACCAUCCUUAUCAGGCCCACGGACAGUACUACAGCGGUCCUUACCAGUGA